UGUACACGCUUAAAUAUGAAUAAUCUGCAUUUGCCAGUGGUUUGAUUUACUUUCAUUUUCAUGACCCACGCUAAUGAAAUGGUAUGUUUCAACUGCUUCCAGUUCUCUUUAGUGUUUGCCAAUGUUGGAGGUGUAACUGGGGUCUGGCCCUGAACAAAGGAAUAGAGCAUGGCUCAAGUAAAAAUACAGACCUCAGCACCCCAGGCUGGCCCCGGCCUCUCCUCCGGAAGUCCUCUGGCGGCCAUGGCCAGCCCAGGAUCCCUGGCUCUGCAACCCUCUGUCAACGGCACAGGCCCGUCCCCCACCCCCGCCUGCCCCGCUCCUGCAGCUGGCUAUGGGGACGCACCUGUGUCUGCCACACCGCCAGGUUCACCCGAGGAGAACAUGGCAAACCCUAAAGAGAAAACUCCAAUGUGUUUGGUGAAUGAGUUAGCCCGUUUCAAUCGGAUCCAGCCGCAGUACAAGCUCCUCAAUGAGAGGGGCCCUGCACACGCUAAGAUCUUCACAGUGCAGUUGACUCUUGGGGAGCAGGUCUGGGAGGCAGAGGGCUCCAGCAUUAAAAAGGCCCAGCAUUCCACGGCCUCCAAAGCUCUGGAUGAGAGUGUCCUUCCUAGGCCGAUGCCCCGCUCACCUAAAGUGGACAUCAACAGCAAUCCAGGCAGUAUAACACCCACAGUGGAGCUCAACGGUUUGGCUAUGAAGAGAGGCGAGCCGGCUAUCUACAGGCCUUUAGAUCCCAAGCCCAUGCCCAACUACAGAGCUUGCUACAACUUCAGAGGCAUGUUUAACCAAAGGUACCAUUAUCCCAUUCCCAAGAUCUUCUACGUCCAGCUCUCCGUGGGGAGUCACGAAUUUAUCGGGGAGGGGCGCACUCGCCAAGCCGCCAGACACAACGCUGCCAUGAAGGCCCUCCAAGCACUCCGCAAUGAGCCCAUCCCGGAACGACCGCCGCAGGACCCAGAAGAAAAGGUGGAAAGUGAGGAAGGCGCUGACGCCAGCAAGUCUGAGAUCAGCCUGGUCUAUGAAAUUGCCCUGAAGAGGAACUUGAACGUCAACUUUGAGGUGUUGAAGGAGAGUGGACCCCCGCACAUGAAAAGCUUCCUGACCCGCGUCACCGUUGGGGAAUUCUCGGCCGAGGGCGAGGGCAACAGCAAAAAGCUGUCCAAGAAGCGCGCCGCACUGUCCGUUCUGCAGGACCUCAAGAAGUUGCCCUUCAUUCCGGUUGUGGAGAAACCCAAAACGCACUACAAAAAACGCACCAAGACCAUCCUCAAGACGGGACCGGACUACGGCCAGGGCAUGAACCCGAUCAGCCGCCUGGCCCAGAUCCAGCAGGCCAAGAAGGAGAAAGAGCCUGAGUAUUUGCUGCUUUCGGAGAGGGGGAUGCCCCGACGCCGGGAGUUUAUCAUGCAGGUGAAGGUAAACGACGAUGUUGCCUCGGGAACAGGGCCGAACAAAAAGGUGGCUAAACGGAAUGCCGCUGAGGCAAUGCUGCUGCAGCUGGGAUACAAAGCCUCGACCGUCUCCCAAAAUCCUACAGAGAUGGACAACAAAGCCUGGAGUGGACAAAAGGCAUCUUUUACCGAAGCGACGAGUAACACCCCGAAAGGUCUCCUCCACCUCAGUCCUGACGUCUACCAGGAGAUGGAAGCCAGCAGGAAGCAAGGAGGGGCUUCCCCGGGCCCCAACGGCAGCGGUGGCGGCCCCCUUAACUACAUGGCCUCCAAAGACACGGGUCCCUGCGCCACCCCGCACCCCGCAGGCCACGCUCCGUACUUCAGCGCUCCGAGCCCGACGGCCACCAUGGCCCGGGAGCUGCUGCUGAACGGCCAGUCGUCCCCCGCGGGGGACUCGGCGCUGCCGGCAAAGGCGAAGAGUCCCCCCUUGGCCUGCGGCGUCUCGGUGCAACCUGCUCAGCAGCUGGAGUACCUGGCUCGCAUCCAGGGCUUCCAGGUGCAGUACAGCGAUGCGCAGGGCGGCAAGGACUUUGUGACCUAUCUGACCCUCUCUCCUGUGCAAAUGACUUUCCACGGCACCGGGAGCACCCUCCAAGCUAGCCAUGACCAGGCUGCUCUAAGUGCCUUGAAACAGCUGUCCGAGCAAGGACUGGACCCGGUGGAUGGCCCCGUCAAGAGCACCGAAACCUGCGGGAGGGAGGACGGACAUUAAACAGACUAACUCAGGCACCACCACUCAGGUCUGCAUGGAUUCAAAGGCUGUCGUCCAGGAGCUGACAUCCCCUUUCUCCCUCUCACUCUCGGCCGCCUGGCCCCUCACCACCCCCUGCCUGAGUUCAAAAUGUAACUAAUCCCCUCCUCACUCACACACACACACACACACACACCAAACCCAGCCAACCUUUUCCUUUACCCCACGAUGGCCACUGUAUCCUGCAUAACCUGUCAACAUGCAAUAGGGUGGAUGUGCACCAUGAAGCGAGCGACUAAAAGCCCCAUUACCCGAGUCUAUGUGAAGACAACACUAUCUCCACACAUUUGUGACAAGUUGAGUCUUGGUUUAAAAAAAAACAACAAAAAAAAGAAGAAGAAAACAAAUCAACAA